AUGGAUAAGGAUUCCAAAUACAGGAGGGAGGCGGGUUAUACCAAGGCAUCAGCGGCCAGCGCCACAGCCCCUCGUCGCGCCGCAAGAGGCCAUGCCGCCGCAGGUUCCGCUGAACGCGCCGCCGCUCCGCCCGCUCCCGUCGGCCCGCCGCCCGUCAGCUUCGAUCUUAACGACUUCAAGGGCGCGUUUUCCUUCGACGAUUUCUUCAACACGCUAGCGGGCGAGUUCCUGCCCAGCAUCCCAGCAGACGACGGGCUGCCAUCAUCCGACCCGUCGUCCGGCCCCGUGGGCUUCCCCGAGGCGGAGGCUCUGCUGCCACGCUUCCGCGAGUCCCGCCGAGAGCUGCUCGAGCUCAACCGCCGGGUGGACGAUCGGUUGGAGAGGCUGCGCAAGGACGUGGCGGCACAGGACAGCGAGCACAAGGAGACGCUCGGCAAGCUGGAGCGGGGAGUGGAGGGGUUGUUUGACAGCUUUGGCCGUCUCGAUGCACGCAUCUCAGGCGUGGGGCAGACCGCUGCUCGUAUUGGUGACCACUUGCAGAGCGCUGAUGCACAGCGAGAGACAGCAUCCAACAUCAUGGAACUCAUCAAGUAUCUGAUGGAUUUCAACCGCAGUCGGGGCGAGUCAGUGCAGUUCCUGCCGCUCGCUGCUGUCUUCCUGGACGAAAAGGAGAUGGGCCGCGCUGCUGCCUUCGCCAUGAAACUCAGGGCACUGGCGGAGGAGGAUGAGGAUGCGAGGGAGGUGGUGCCAGGGGAGGGGCGCAAGGGCGGCCCCAGUGCCAGCCCAGGGCUCGAGGUGGCGGUGGACAAUCUGCACGAGUACUGCAACGAUCUGGAGAACAAGCUGCUGCAGAAGUUUGAUGCAGCAUCGGCCAAGAAGGACCUCAAGUCCAUGGCGGAUUGUGCUAAGACCCUUGAGCAGUUCCAGCAGGGCAGCAGGGCGAUCCACCGGUACGUGACAACGCGCCCCAUGUUCAUGGACGUGGAGAAGAUGCGCAACGACAUCCGCAUCGCCACGGGGGAGACCGGCUCCAGCAUCGCCAACGUCAUCGGCCCCGUCAACCCCACGCGCGGCCUCGGGAACCUCUACAAGCAAAUCUACGACACGAUGGAGGAGGAGCAGCAGACGGUGGAGCAGGUGUUCCCCAACCCCAAGGCGGUCAUGGCCAUCCUCACACAGCGGGUGUUGGAGCAGCGUGUGCACAACGUGCUCAUAGAGAUCCUCAAGACGCCCAACAUCGACAACCCCCCGCCCCUCAAGCAGGGCGGCCUCCUCACUUAUCUGCGCACGCUGGCUCUCUCAUACGAGAAAACCGUGGACCUAUCCAAGCGCCUGCAGGACCUGGGCUGUGGGGACCUCGAUAUCCAGGGCACGGUGGAGGGCAUCUUUGCGGAGCACAAGGACAAGUACCUGGAGGUGGAGCAGCGCUCGCUCAUGCAGCAGUUCGAAGAGAAGUGUGAGUCGGAGUAUCAGCAACAGCAGGCAGCAGCAGGGCCAGGCAUGGACCCUGCAUCGGCAGCAGCGGCGGGGUCCCCUGGGAACCUGGUGCGGCAGCGCACAACGCCCUCGCUGCUGCCGCCGGGAGCGGGGGGGAUAGGCGUGGUGGCGGACUGUGUGCAGUGGAACAAGGAUGCCAUUGAACGAUGCCGCGUGCUCGUGCCCGAGCCCGCGCUGCUGGUGGAGAGUGUCACAGUCAUCUUCAACGUGCUCCUCGACCAGAUGGGCGAGUACACACUGUCAGCGUUGGAGACAGCGAGCAAGGCACUGGCAGAGGCAGCAGCGCUGCGGGAGAAGUUCAGCAUCGGCACCGCCGUCAGCCGCAGAGUCGCCCAGGCCGCUGCCGCCGCUGCGGAGCAAGCAGCGCUGGCAGGGGAGCAGAGCAUCCGCACGUUCUUUAUAGCAGUCAAGCGAGCCACUGCUACUGUCUCCACAGUGCAGCAGUACUUCCAAGGUACAAUCAGUGAGCUGCUGAUGGCGGUGGACGGGGCGCAUGGCAAGUGUGUGGAGGAGAUGACUCGCAAGCUGGGCGAGGCAGAGGCUGUUGUGCUGCGCGGCAUGCAGGUGUGCAUUGACACGAGUGUGGGCGAGGUGGAGAGGCUGUUGGCAGCGGAGCAGAAGCCCACGGAGUUCAGACCACCCGAGGACGGCACUCUCCCCGACCACCGCCCCACCACCGCUUGCAUCAAGGUGAAGGCGUAUCUGGAGCGCAUAGUGGAUGCGGCACAGACAGCACUGGAAGGCCCCAACCGCCACGCCUUCCUGCUCGAGCUGGGAGUGCGGCUGCACAAGGCUCUGUUGGCGCACAUCCAACGCUUCUCAUUCAACCCCGGCGGUGGGUUGCGGUUGAAGAGGGAUGUGUCAGAGUAUGCGGACUCCAUCCGCGCCUUCAAGACGCCCACUGUCGACGAACUCUUUGAGUCUCUCAGCUCGUUGGUGAAUCUGUUCAUUGUGGCGCCUGACAGUCUGCGCACGCUCGUGGACAGCAGCCAUCUCUCGCACAAGGACGCUCUUAUCUACAUUCAACUGCGUGAUGAUUACAAGUCUGCUCGCAUUGCGCAACAGUUUGCCCGAUAG